AUGUCUUCCAGCACGCUUGCAGACGCUCUCGCCUCGUUGACCAGCCUGACCACCGCCACCGCACUCGCCACAAUCCUGUCGGGCUUGGCAGUGUUAUGGAUGUCCAGGGAGGCUAAACAACGGUUUUGGUUCAGCUUCUCGAACCUACCAGGUCCCCGAGCCGAUUCCUUCAUGCGAGGGUCCUUCCCCUCACUUUUGGCGAAAGAAACUGGCCAGACCACCAGAGAAUGGUUUGACAAGUACGGUCCAACGAUACAGUGGCGUUCAUUACUGUACACGCCGAACAUUCUCACUUGCGACCUUGGCCUGGCUUCUUAUGUCCUCUCCCACGACGAUGAAUUUGGUCGAAGUAAAAGUCAUGAGGCGGAUUUCAGACGCUUGUUAGGUGAUCGCAGCUUGAUGACAGUCGACAGGUCUGAUCAUAAACGCCUGAGAAAGAUCAUGGCUCCUGCCUUUGGCGUAGGGCCCAUGAGCGAUCAAUGGCCAAUCUUCUUGCAUCAAGCGAGACGCCUGGUGGACAAGGUUGGACCUGAAGGUAGGCAGAUAGGUGCCUCGAGCUUUAUGGGCAUGUUCACGACGGACGUGAUGGGUAUGGCUUCUUCUGGUACGAAUCUUGGGGCAAUGGAUGGAGCGCCCAACGAAUUGUACACGGCCUGGAUGGGAAUCCUCCAGACGACGAGAUUGAGGGGAGUCUUGUGGCAGAUCAAGACAAAGCUUGCGAUCCCUGGAACUUGGCUCCAUAGCGAAAGGGUUCUUGGCAAGUCCAAGGACACAUUUCAGCGGAUCGGUGAUGAUAUUGUGCAGACUCGAAAGCGGGAACUAUUGGGAGAAGGACACGAGGUCACGCGCUCAGACUUCGGGUCAAAGAAUGUCAUCUCCACCCUGCUGAAGGCCAACAUGGCUCAAGACGUCAAAGACAGCAGUCGUAUGUCGGACGAAGAGCUGGUUUCGCUGUUGUCCACCUUGAUUCUCGCCUCUACCGUGACGACUACCUCCACCUUGAUCUGGUGCCUGUCCCUUCUGGCGACACGUCCCGAAACCCAAGCCAGGCUCCGAGCGGAGGUAAUGGACAUGGAAGAUGAGCCUACGAUGAACGAUAUCAGCAAACUACCUUUUCUCGAAGCAUUCGUCAGAGAGCUGUUGCGCUUGAACUCUGCAGCACCAACCAUCACCCGACACACUCACAAGACGGUCACCGUCCCAUUGUCUACGCCCAUCGUCGGCAAAAAUGGCAGCCUCAUACAUGCUGUCACCAUUGACAAGGGGACCGACAUCAACAUCGCUGUACCCAGCGUGAAUACAUCCAAGGAAAUAUACGGUCCCGAUGCAGAGGAAUUCCGACCGGAACGAUUCAUGGACGGCGCUGUCAAGGCAACUGGCUUGCCUUCGAUCUGGGGUCAAAGCCUGACAUUCUCCGCCGGAACCAGACCCUGCCUAGGCUUUCGAUUUGCCAUCAUGCAAGUGAAAGCGACGGUUUUUGCAUUGCUUCGAUCGUUCGAGGUGUCCCAGCCGGAGGGUCAAGAGGUCGUCAGAAUGGGCAUGAUCGCUUCGUCCAAGACCAUCGUCAAGGGCACGAACAAGAGCGACAUCCCCAUCAUCUUCAAGCCGUUGUCGAGCUAG